CUGGGAGGACGGCGCGUCACAUGACACGGAAGUGACUUGGAACAGGAAGAGGACGAAAAAAAACACCGUCCGCAAUCCCAAGCCGAACCGGACCCGUCGCCGCCAUGAACAGCAAAGGGCAGUAUCCAACACAGCCCACAUAUCCCGUGCAGCCUCCUGGGAACCCAGUGUACCCUCAAACCGUGCACCUCCCUCAGGUUCCACCAUACACGGAUGCGCCUCCAGCCUAUUCUGAGCUCUAUCGUCCAAACUUUGUGCACCCAGGGACUGCAACAGUUCCCACUAUGUCAGCUGCAUAUCCUGGUGCUUCUUUGUUUCUUCCCAUGGGUCAGUCCGUGGCUGUUGGGCCUGUUGGCUCUGCAGUUCCACUGGCUUAUUACCCACUUGGUCACGUAUACCCCCCGGGUUCAACAGUGCUGGUGGAUGGAGCAUAUGAUCCUGGUGCCAGGUUUGGAGCUGGGGCUACUGCUGGUAACAUUCCUCCUCCACCCCCUGGUUGCCCCCCCAAUGCUGCUCAGCUUGCUGUUAUGCAAGGGGCCAACGUGCUAGUAACUCAGCGGAAGGGGAACUUCUUCGUGGGUGGUUCGGAUGGUGGCUAUACCAUCUGGUGAAGAACCAAAGCCACCCCCGUGCCAGGAAAGACAUCACACACCGUCAGCACUUCUCACAAUGUAACUGCUUUAGUCAUAUUAACCUGAAGUCAAAGUUUAGACACAUGUUGUUGGGGUGUCUUUCUGGUGCCCAAACUUUCAGGCACUUUUCAAAACUUAAUAACGAACCAUGUAAUGGUAGCAGUACCUCCCUAAAACAUUUCAAGGUGGGGGGAGGGGGGUGAUCCAUUCAUAAAAUGAAUGUGGGCAAAUCUUCCCUGAAGAUGUUCCUUUAAUUCCUUUGGAGUAAUACUGCACCAUACUGGUCUUUGCUUAUAGUAAUAAACCAUCAAAUUAGGUUUGGAGGGAACUUUGAUCUUCUGAAGAAUUAAAGUUGCCAAAUUAUUUCUGAUUGGUCUUAAAUCUCCUUAAAGUCUUUGAUUUCUAUUACUUGUUAUAAAUGAAAUGCAUAGAUGUCUGCCUUUUUCCUUCACAUCCUUUGCCCCUUCCCCCACUUCCCUCGCCAAUCUCCAUUGAAUCAAUGGUGCAGGACAGAAAGCCAGUCAGACUUCUUUCUCUCUCUCCCUGCACCUCUCCCUACUUCUUGUGUGAGAGGAGACCUUGGCUCUCCUUAUCUUUUGACCUUUUAUUCAAAAGGAUCCUCUGAAACUCCUUGUGUUCACAGUUUAGACCCCCAUUCUUACCCCUCAGCAAAGGCUGAGAAUGGACCAUUCCUUUUGUACUCUUCUCAUGGAUGCCUCUGCACACAAAAGCCUCAUCCAGAUUUGUUUUGGUGCCAGAAACACAUGAUCUGAGCACCUGAUGUCAAUGCUAACUGCGCUUUGGUCAACUCUAGAUUUAAAAUGAGAGAGGCAAGGGGAAGGGGUCAGUUUCCAACAGUGGGAUGGAUGACUUCACAGUCCAAUUAAGGGGAGUUUUGAGAGCAGAAAUUGGUUGCCACCUGUUUAAAUGUCUGAGGCAGCUAGCUGACCAUGGCCAUUAAUUAACUGCUCAGGAGCUGGGUUAAUGGGAUUGUAUUGUGAAUGGGUCACUUUAAGAUGAGUUCAACUGAAGUCUCAUUAGGGUUGAAAAGAUUCAGGGAUCCUCAGUCUUUUAAUUUUUGUUUUCUGGAAUUGGAUUUGAUGAAUAUAUUUUAUCUUAUAAUUUCAGUUCAUCUAAAUUUGACUGUAUUCUGUAUAUAUGGUGUUUGACUGUACCAUUGACUGUUAUGGAAGUUCAGCGUUGUAUGUCUCUCUCUUCACUGUGGUGCACUUAACUUGUGGAUUUUUUAUACUAAAAAUGUAGAAUAAAGAAUAUUUUGAAGAUUUGAAUAAAGUGAUGAAGUUGCAUUACACCUUAA